UUUUAUUGCUGUGUGUGUGUUGGUCGGGUACGGUUUUUUAGUUGGACAAUUUUGAUUGAAGAAGUGUAAUCUGGUUUUGCUUGCAUGUCACUGUGAUUAUAAUAAAAAGGAAAAAUUCCAGUGAAAUUAUAUUCUUCAAUUUAUUCUAAACGCAUUUAAUAAAUAAUUGUUUAGGAAUUUGAAACAAAAAAAUUAGUUAAAAACAACAUCAAAAUUGUUCCCGUAGAAGAUAUGCAAAAAUGGAUUUUCAAAUUUUAAUUAUAAUCGCAUGUGUAUUCCUGGUCUCUUUGUUUUCUUUGCUAUUCAUAAACAAGUUUUUCCGUCGGAAAACAUUUGAGGAAAUCGUUGCCGAAAAGAAAGCAAUGACUGAAAAAAUCUAUGGGCCCGCAAAGGCAGCUAAAAAGCAAGCCCGUGGUGCCAAGUUACCAAGCAAAAAAGAACUUAAAAAAGAAAAACGCCAGCGACAACAAAAGAAAAGCGAAGACAAUACGACCGAAGUUGAUGAUAGCGAUGCCCAAUCCGAGAAUCCAUCAAUUGAAGAUGUUCCUGAAGAGCCACAACAACAACAAGCAGUUUCCAACAAGAAAUCUGUCCAGCCUGUGGUUCAUGUUGAAUUUGCUGCACCAGAAGCUGAAAUUGUUGAUUCCUCGGACAAUGGAAGCAAUGUCGGCCAGCGACGUUCGAGUGCCGAUAGCAACAAUCAAAAAACAACUAACAAGUCCAAUAAGCAACGCAAAAAUGCUACUAAUUCUAAGGGUACUGUUGGCAUCUUGGCUAAUAAGAACGAGCAAGUUUUGGUGAAAGAAAAUUUGGCAUUCCCCGCUGCCGAGGAGAAGCCAGCUUUGAAUCAUUUUGAAACAAAGCCACCCAAGGAUGCUGUUGAAUUGAAGAAGCAAGAAAAUAUCGAAAACAAAAAACCCAAGGAUCAAAGGAAGACCAAUAAACCCAAGAAAGAAACACCACCAGAAUCCACAGGCACCACCCUUGAAAUUCUCAGCGUUUCCAAGGAUUUGAAACAAUUGGAAGAGAAACCAGUACGCACUGGUUCACCCAAAAAUCAAAGUAACAAACUAAAGCAGCAAAAUAAGAAGAAGAACGAUAAGGAUAACAUUGCCUUGGACAAGAUUAACGAAAACGAUACUAUUGGUGUGAGUCUCUUGAUGAAUCUGUUUGGUCGGGCCGAAUUGAAUCGCAGCGAAAUUCAAAUUCUCAUUGAUUACUUGUUAAAUAAACAACAAGAUAUGCCAGCUUCUCAUUCUGAAUGGAGCGAUGAUAUUGUUCAGAAAUUGAAAAAGCAAUUGGAAGAAAAAGAAAAGGCUUUACAAGAGGAACAAGAAUCUUCAAUUGGUAUUCAAGCUAAGCUACGUGAAAUGCGUACUGAGAUCAAUGCUGAACGUGCUCAAAUGAAUGCCAAUGUAAAGGGUUACAUUGAAGAAAUUCAAGCUAAAAAGAGCGAACUAGCUGCAAUGACCCAGGAAAUACAAAAUCUCAAUGAUAAAUUCACAUUGGAACGUCAACAAUUCCAAAAUAAAUUGCGUAUUGAGAAGCAAGCUAGUUCACAAGAGGUUCUUGUUCAAUUGCAACGCGAAAAUGAACGUGCUACCAUGCUACAAACUGAGCUGGCUCAUAAAGAACAAGCAAUUAGCGAAUUGAAAGCCGAACUUGUCCACAAAGAUCAAUGUGUGAAUGAUUUGAAAUUAUUAGUCAAUGCUUCACAUCAAGGAGUUGAAGAUGCUAAACAAAAAUCUAAUGAAAUCAUCAACACUCAAGUGAAUAAAAUCCAUGUGCUCGAACAAAAACUAGAUGAAGCUGAAGUUGUCAUAAAUAAACAACGUUAUGAGCUAGAAAAAGCAAAGACCACCGUAGGUGAACAUGAAUCGAGCAAGGUUGAACUUCGUAAUUUACAAAAUGCAUUAGAUUCAAAACAGUCUGAGUUAGAUAUGGCAUUGAAUGAGUUGGGUGACAAGCAACAGGAAAUCGAUACUUUAAGCUUGGCAAAUAAGGAACUAAGUGAAGAGAUUGGUGGCAUUAAUAAUUCGGCUGAAGAGAAAAACAAACAACAAAACGAUUUGCAACAUACUUUGGAUAUCCUGCAGACAGCUUUGGAUGAAAAGGAUAAGAAGAUUUCAGAGUAUGAGACCUCGAUGAAGCAGUUAACCAGCAGAGAAGAUGAACUCAUGAAACAAAUUCAAGAGCAAAAAGAAAAGAAUAAUGACUUGCGUACUAAAAACUGGAAGUUGGUUGAGGCUUUACAAAACGCUGAAACGGCAAAGAAACAAAUUAGCAACAGCUUAGGUCAACAACAACAAAAUCAUGCGCUACUACUUUCACAAGAACAACAAAAAGUAGUUACAAUUAAACCAGAUCCGGCUGGUAAUCAACAAAAACAAAUCCGCGAUAUACUAGAACGUUUGUAUCCGGAUGCAGUAGCAGCAAAUGCCGGAUCAGCACUUUCGUUAUCGUUCGAUCAAUGGGUCGAAAAGGUCCUAGCGACACAUGUUAAACAAUCUAUAAGUAAAAAUAGUGCAACUACAGCCACUAACACCACCAGCACUAACACCACCAAUAUACCAGCAACAAAUAGCAACAGUAGUAGUAAUCAUUCUUCACAUAAUCAUAAUAACUUAAAUAAUAGUGAAGAUAAAAAAAAUAUUAGUGAUAGUAUUAUAAAUAGUAGUAGUGUUAGCACCAGCACCACCAGCAGCAGCAGCAGCGGUAGUAGCGAUGUAGAAUCAGCGUCGUCGGCUGCUGACAAAGCUGAAAUACUCAAACUGCAAUCACAAAACGCUCAAUUGCGAGCGAACUCAGAAGAGUUGACAAAACUCGUUACAAAGACCGGGAAUACAUUAUUAGAGCUUGAAGCUCGUGCCCGUGAACAGGAAGAAAACUGGAGAAGUAUCGUUCGUUCAAAGGAGGAAGAAAUUAAUUUAUUAAAACAUUCUAACGGGGAAAAACAAGACAUUUAAUGUUGAGUAAAUUCAUCAGAUACAAAUGGAGAUUAAGAUUGCCUUCCAGAACUUAACGUAAUGAAAUAAUAAAACAAAAACUAAAAAUUAUAAAACAAAAAAAAAACAAACAACAAAAUAAACAUAAAUCAUUUUCUAAUCGAUGAACUAUUAGAAUAUGACUUUUUACACCUAUAAUAAAUAAACAAAUACAAAAUGAACAGAAAGUCAGUUAAUUAAACACGAAUUUCUUUUUUAAUUUGAAAAUAAAUCUGAAAAAUUUAACUGAUCAUUACCAUCAUAAUCAUUGCCAUUGUACUGUUUGAAAAAAAUCUAAUGAGCAUUUAAAAUAAAAAAAAAAUAAAACUCCAACAUCAAUUGCGCUGAAAUAUUCAAACUAACGGACAACUUUUUGUUUGUUUCUAAGACUACAAAAAAUAUAUAAUUUACUAUUAUACAAACAAUAGCUAUCAUUUUGUUUUCUUUUUUUUAAUUUUAGAAUUUUAAACAAAAACAGCGAUAGAAUUUUCAAAUUCAUUCGACUGGAUAACAAAAAACCCACUCAAAAAUAAGAUAAGAGCUAGCUCAAGAAUUUCUAUCUAAGUUUUGAAAUUUAAAACAAAAACAAAUUACAUUAUUCCUAGCCAAAGUCUAGCAAGCAAAAAUUGUUAAAAUUUAUUCAAUACAUAAAGAGAAACAAGAAGCAAAAUCACUUAUACAUAAAUUUAAUUCAUAAUGAAUCUAUUUUUAUAUAAUAUACAUUUAAUAUUUUAAGAAAACGGUUACCAAAAUAACCUACCAACCAACAACAAUCGGAAUUAAAUCUAAAACAAAAACAAAAUUGCAAAACAAAUUUAACACGAGGUUAGUAAGGAAGGGUUUAAAACAAAAUUACGAAAAAUAGAAAGAAAAAUAAAACAAACGAUGAAACAAGCGCGAUAUAUUCGAAUUAACUUUAAAAAAAAAUUAUAAUUAUGCUGGUUUAUGUUUUAAUUUUUGUUUGUAAAUGAAAACGAAUUGUUUUUCUUCUUAAAGUUAACAAAACAAAAAUACAAACUGAUUUAUAGAAAAACAACAACAAAAUAAAAUAAAAGUGGAAUAAAAACAAUACAGGAAGACAUUAAGAAACACUUGUUCGCUGUGCAAUUUUAGAAUGAAACAUUUAAAAUGAGAAAGUAAUAGAAAAUAAUCAAUUUUUUAAGUUUAAUUUUCUGUAAGUAAGUUUGAGAUAAAUGGGAAACAAAAAACUAAACAAAAAUAACAAAAAAACAAAAACAAGGAACUGAAUGAUAGUGUCAAAUUAAAAGAAAAAACAAAAAAACGAUAGGAUUAAAUAAAUAAAACACCCAUUCACACAUAAAUAAAUAAAUAAUAAUUAAAAAAAAUAGAAUGAACUGUUAAAUAAAAAACAAAAAAAACAGCUGAAAUCUGAAAAGGUAUAUAUGCUUAGACUUAAAUAAAAACAAAUACAUUUAAUUUAAUAAAAUUACUAUCUUUAAAAAACAAAAUAAAAAUAUAUUAAAUCAUUUUGCGAAACAGAACAAUAUUAUCAAUUAUAUUCCAUGUUAUUUUCUUUAUUGCUAUAAAAGCCUCUCAGUCAAAAUAUAAAAUAAAAACAAAACAAAAAAAAAACGACAAAAAAAAGAAAUAAUUCCAUUUAUUAUAAUUAAAUUUAUAUUUUUUAUUGAUUACGUAUUUUUUAUUUAUAAUUUAAUUUUUUUUUUCAAUAAUAAUUAUCUUUUUAUUAUACUUACUAUAACAUUUAUACUUUUGUAAUAUUUUAUUUGUGCAACAAUUUUUAUUUGUUUUAAUAUUUUUUUCUUGUGGUAAAAUAUUUCCCAAAAUUUAUACAUAUUUGUAAAAAAAAUUUAAAUGUUUAUUUGUUUUGUUAUUGCAAAUAUUUGGUUAUGUUUAUUAUUUUUUUUUUUUUAAAUUGAUUUUAAUUUUUAUUUUCUUAAUCCAAAUUUUCUCGAGAUUGAUUAUUUUUUAGUUUAUUAUUUAAACAAAAAAUAACAGCAAAAAAACAAUUUAAAUAAUUUGAUUUGAUGUAACAACGAUAUUAGGAAAUGAACAGAAAUUUUAACAAAAAAAAAAAAAACAAA